UUUUCCAUAUGUGACUAAUGUGUGUCCAUGUACUUUUCCCCUUGUGUAUUUCCAUACACACAUAAUUCCCACAUCUUGACUCUGAUACUAGAAUAUCUCUGGUAUUAGAUACUGUAAAUCAUCAGGAUGGUAUGUGUUUCUACGUUACGCAAACUGUUUCAAUACUAUUCAAGGACUGUCAUAUACAGUAAUGGGAUGGGCAGUAAAAAUGCAUUAAAAGUUAGUGCAAUACUUUUAUUUUUCAGGAUCUAAUCUGUCACUGUAAUGAUGACAAAGUUAUAAAAAUGCUUGUCACCAUGUUGCCUCAUUUCCCCAGUAUAUGGGUCAAAUGUAUUAUUUAGCUUCUACAGAGAUUUUGCCCUUUCUAGGUGAAGCAUUUUUGUCAUUCCUUGUCUUGGUGUGGUGACAAAAAGGUGGGGGUUAAGUUAAGAUACUUUGCAUUCUCGUUUUAAUUCUGCGCCAGCAGCACCCAAAUGAUUCACUGCUAGAGUCCGCGUCACCAGGCAAGGCAGUCUGACUGGUUUCUUGUUCAGGAGAGAGAGAAACAGGGAUUCAGGUAGAUAAUAGACUUGAGCGUUUACACUUGCCAGGGUGCUAACCACAGUGAAACUUUGCCUCUCAGACUUGCUAAUUCCUCACCCACCCCUUCCCCAUUCUGAUAUGUUGCGAAAUCUAUUCACACCCUUUUCUGAUGUGAAAAGACUUCUUAUAUGUAUGCACAGCAUGGGUGAGAUUGCUUUUUGUUCUGAAACAAUGGUCGCCUGAUCUCUCUGUUGUUUUUAUAGUACAUAAUGUAGCCAGUCAAUCAGAAAGUGCUUUUUGUUGCAAUUUGUUGAAGAAAUUGUUGGACAAUUUCAGGAGCAUAGACUUAUGAUUUUUUUCUUGCCUUUCCCUUAUACAAACAUAGACACAGUCACUCACAUUGAUCAAACAUGUUGUUUGUAAUAGGCACUGUCUGCCUUUCUACCUGUAAUUUGAACAAGAAAAGGUUACACUAAUUCACUUUUGCCAGACUGAUCAUGUAAGAAAUGUUUAAGAUCUUCAAGGUGGUGGUUUCAGUUUUCUUUGUGCAAAACACAUGAAAGUAAUUGUUUUUUAUUUUGAAUAUUAGAAUUCAAUACAUUCCAAAUGAGAUUGGGUUUUAUGUUAUUGUUAUUGAUGUGUGGGCCACUGUUUCUGUUUGUUAUCUCAGUUCUGUUGUUUGUGUUGUUCUUGAUCUCAUUUUAAUGAUGUGUGUGCUUCCUGGGUUUUCCUACCCAGCGAGCAUGAGAGGAGCGUUCCCACAGGAGAUGUUGCUGUGAGUUGCUUCCUUUAUGUUUGUCCUGCUGUGCACCUCAUCGUCGCCUUCUUCCCUUUGCCUCGCUCCUUCUCAGUAUUGCUUGCCAGCCACCUGUACGACAGGGACUGAGACACCUGUCAGACAGAAGAGAAAGACUUUCCCUCAGUCAUUUUCACAAGGACACACUGGUCACACACUCGACUAAGCUGGUUAGACGUUUCUCUGCUGGAUAUAAAGUGAAAGCAGGUAGCCUGUAAAGAUAAUAGAACAAAGAAGAGAGAGAAACUUCUAGAGAAAACAUGUCAAAAGAGGGGGACAAAGCAUCUGUAUUCCGUACCACCAAAGUGCGGACCAAGCUGAGGGAUGACGGCAGCUGGAUGCAGCGCUCCAAUAACACUCAGGAAAAAAACACUGAAGAGGAGAAACCAUGGUUAGCAGAAGUAAGGGCCAACCGUUUGAACGGAGCCCCUAUUGAGACCAGUCCAGUGUCGUCACCCGCAACAUCCACUCCACCACCCACCAAGCCUGACACCGAAAGAACACCAUCAUCAGGAUACCUGAUCAGAGGUGUAUUUACCAAACUAGACAAGCCCGCUGUAUCCUCAACAACUAACGGUGUGAGAGCCCCCUACACUGUGAGGCCUGCUCCAGAGAACCUGGAGGACCUGCUUAGCAAAGAGGAGCAGGAGAAACGGACAGAGGCAGCCAGCAGUGUUCUGAAGAAAACUGCAGUCAGGCAACGUUCUUAUGUGUUUUCUGCUGCUAAGAAAUAUGAGUCUCAAGAACCGGCUCCUGACACAUCAUUGGCCAGCAACACUGUAUCAUUUGUAGCUAAAAGGGUGGAGAUUAUUGAUGAUGAUGAGAGCGCUGUGACUCCAGCACCUGCCAGCUCUCCGCCUCCCUCCCCCGUCGUCCCAGUCACAUCUGUUGCCUCGGCACCUGAGCCCAGACCACGGAAAAUAGUCGAGACCAGCGUUAAGACAGCUGUUGAUGUCGUUGUUGAUGAGCCGGUGCCGGCCCCAGAGCCUGUGAAGGAAGACCCACUCCCUUCAGUGUCUGUGUCUGCAGUAAGAGAGCAAUUUGAAAGCAUGAAACCAGGCUGCACCAAAGUGGACACUCCUCUCCCUGAACUCAUCCUAGACACUGUAAAAGCAGUCUAUAUAGAGCCAGAACCCAAAGAUUCAGACAUUUCUGAGCAAGAUGACACACCUCUGGUUGAACUCAUCUCAGCGUCACCAACGCCAAUAUCACAAACUCCAGCAUCCCCCGCCCAGGAUCCCCCUGUUCCUGCAUCCCCUGUUCUAGUGCUUCCUCCCCCAAUGUCAGCUGUCCCACUUUCACCAGUCCCAGUAACUGCUGUAACAGAGAUCACAGUGAUGACUGAACCAGAACCAGAACCUGAACCAGAACCAGAACCAGAACCAGAACCAGAACCAGAACCUGAACCAGAACAGGAACCAGAACCAGCACCAGCACCGGCUCCAAAGCCACGCUCCACUGUUGACACGCUCACCACCCUGUCCAACACUCUCAUUUCUUUCGACACAAGUUCAACCAGCAUUAAAGAAGAUGAGCCAGUGCUGGCAGAGGAGGAAGGAGGCUCAGCGGACUAUCGCCCCACUGAGGACGGUGAUGAAGAGAAGCCAGAGCCCAGCAACUGCAUAGUAAUGACAGAAGAUCUCCUGGCUCUCACUGAUGGUCCAGAGGAGUCAGCAGAGUUGGUUCCCCCCAGCCCAGGACGCUGGAGUCAGGAUCUGCUUGGUGGACUAGACAGUGAGUCAAGCCCAGCAAAGACCAGUGGCUCCCUGGAUCUCCUGGCUGACGAUGUCAUCCCAAUCAACACAGAAAUACGCAGCCUCAGCACGCAGCGAGAGGAGGAGAAACCGACAGAUGAGACAGCCAAAGAAGCACAAAGCUCCACAGAGACAGUUACUAUAACCACCAAAACUGUGAUCAUUACUGACAAAAGCCAAGAGGACAACCCAUGGAGCUCACAUGUGAAGACCACAGUCACUGAAUCAAGCCUGGCUGAUCCGUUUGAUCCAUAUCCGAUAGGGACCACAUCCUCUAACAGCUUCUCUGACCUGCUCCAGCCUAGCUCUGAUAUUUCCAUCAACAGUGCAUCAUCUACUUACACAAAGAAAGAGCCAAGUCCAGAAACCAAUAUUAGCAGUAAUGCGUUGGAAUCCCUUGCAGACGAUGUCAUCCCUAUCAACACUGACACCACGAGGCUCAGCUCCGGCCGGUCAUGGGCACGCACAUGGGAAACCAGCACGCCUCAGCAGGAGGAGGAGAGCAAAGAAGCUGAACCAGAAGGCCAAACCGUAGAUCAACAGACGCUGGUCAUGUUUGAGAGAAAGUCCUCUGAGAAUGACUCCCCAUGGGACAGGUGGACAUCACCCACUGUCUACACUAUCACUACUACUACAGGAGAGGGCGAGGAGGAGGAGGAGGAGGAAAGCCCCCAGGAAACACAGACAGAGACAGUGACAGAGACAGUCACUACAGUCACCACUAUCAGGGAGAUACACAUGGAGCAAGAGCCGGUUAUGGAUCGUUAUGAAUCCUAUUCCAGGACCGUGAUAGAAGAAGACCAGCGUGCCGAAACACCAGAACCCGAGAAAAAGGGCUUUGUGUUUGUGAAGGAGUAUGUCAAUGCAACAGAGACGUCCUUGCAUAAUGCCAGAGACCUAACUGAUAGAGGGUCAGAUUAUUUGACAUCAAGCUCCACCAGCUACUCUUACAGUAGCCCCUCCACUUAUUCCAGUAGCUCUCUGUCAUCCACCUGCAACUUCUGCGGGGAGCUAGUGGGCAACGAUGCCAAGAUCACCAUCGAGCACCUCAAUAUCAACUGCCACCCCCACUGCUUCAAGUGCGGUGUGUGCAAUAAGCCAAUGGGCGACCUUCUCGACAGUAUGUUCAUACAUGCUGGGAAAGUGCACUGCGAGUCCUGCUACAGCAAAUCCUUGGACUGAUUAUGGAAGCUCCUCAGCAGCCUCUCAUCCUCGUCCCCUUCCCUUCAUGUUCAUUUGCAUAUAAAGUGAGAACUGGUCUUUCACAAAGUUUGGGCUGUGUUCAGUGUGAACUCAGGAAUGAUGUGGUUUAGGGUGAUGAAAGAGACCGUGAUAGUGAACAAUACGACUACUUAAUGUUUAUUCUUACAUUAGGGUAAUGUCUUAUUUCGCAGACAUCUUAUACAAGCUUGUGUUUUUUUCUGCUGGUGAAAGCUGUAUCUGCCUCAAACUAAACUAUGAAGGAUAUGUCUGUACACUGUGAACAGACUAAUACUGGCAAGCGGGGUACAAUAUUAUAAUCUAGCAACCGUAAUUAUGCAAGAGAAAGACUUUAUUAGAAACUGACUUUAUUACAAAAUGUUUACUUCUUUUACUUCUUGAUACAAAAUAGUGUGUUCACAUGUAUGAUGAUUUGUUAAAAAAAAUAAAAUGA